CCCCAUAGCUCUUCGAAGAUCCAGUCUUCUGCAAAACCAGUUUUUCAGAAACUCCAAAAAAUAACCCAAGCCUUUCUUAAUAAUGCAGAAUUGUACCCCGCAAACUUCUGAUUAAAAUGAAAUAUCCCCAGCCCUACACGACCUUUCUUUGCAAAGUUAUAGAAUUUAUAAGAAGAGCCCUAAAUUAAUUUUUUCCUUCUUAUUUCUGUAGCUUUGAGCUGACAAUGAACAAUUUAGGGCUCUUCUUAUAAAUUCUAUAACUUUGCAAAGAAAGGUCGUGUAGAGCUGGGGAUAUUUCAUUUUCAUCAGAAGUUUGCGGGCUACAAUUCUGCAUUAUUAAGAAAGGCCUGGGUUAUUUUUUGGAGUUUCUGAAAAACUGGUUUUGCAGAAGACUGGAUCUUCGAAGAGCUAUGGGGAAGUCCCAUGGUCAUAUUCGGAAUCAGCAUGGUCGAUAACCUAUAACCCACUAGAUGUCGAUCACAAAGCGAUUUAUCACCUCGGGAGAUUCUCUCGUAAGAUCCACACCAACACUUUUAAUGUUUAACUUGUUUUUUUAUUCGUAUAUGUGCUGUUUUUUUCUAGACACAGUACUGAGCAAACGAGCAGACAAUAAUUCUAACUUUCAUUUUUUCGCUUUGAUUACCAUUGUUCCUUUUCAUCUUGCAUUAAUGCUUUCUUAGAGAACUUCUAGAAAUCUAUGAAUCAAAAAGAAUUAUUAGUUUAUUUUAGAUUUUGAUGCAAUUCCUAAUUGUCUUUUUUAGUUAAAAUAUCGUCACCAGGUUAUAUGGGUAUGAAUGCUGAUGACUUAAGUGAAUUGACUUGGUCAAACGGCGCUACAUACGUUGCAGAUAAACGAUUUCCUCGAACAGCAUCUGAACGAUUAUGUGUUGAAUUAACAGAAGAUGAAUUAAUAAACGAUCGUCAAGCAUAUAAAAAUAGUGUUGAACAAGGUGUUCAUUAUUUACAUACAAAAUGGUUAAUCGAUUCAAUUGUUAAAUAUAAAGUACAACCGAUUUGGAAAUACCAGUGUACGCCGGCAUUCGAUUGUUAG